AUGGUGGACAAAGUGGCAUCUUUUGGACACGCACUACUGCGCCGUCGUGCGCUGGACUGCUCUGGGGAGGAAACGCGGUUCGCCCGGUGUCUGUCCACUCUAGAUCUGGUGGCGCUCGGCGUGGGCUCCACACUUGGCGCUGGGGUCUAUGUGCUGGCUGGGGAGGUUGCAAGAGAGAAGGCAGGUCCUGCUAUCGUCUUAUGCUUCCUUGUGGCCGCACUUUCCUCAAUGCUGGCCGGACUGUGCUAUGCAGAGUUCGGCGCACGAGUCCCUAAGACUGGGUCUGCGUACUUGUACAGCUAUGUGACAGUGGGAGAAAUCUGGGCCUUCAUCACUGGUUGGAACCUCAUCCUCUCUUACGUUAUAGGUACAGCUAGUGUGGCGCGAGCGUGGAGCUCUACGUUCGAUAACCUGGUCGAGCAGAAGAUCUCUAACUUCUUCAGGGCAUCUAUGGCCAUGAAGGUUCCUGGGAAAGUUCUUGCUGAAUAUCCGGACCUGUUUGCCCUCAUUCUCAUCCUGCUACUGACUGGACUGCUUGCUUUUGGUGUAAGUGAAUCUGCUCUGGUGAACAAGAUCUUCACUGGGAUCAACCUGAUCGUGCUGGGCUUUGUCAUCAUCUCUGGCUUCGUCAAAGGCAACACAGCCAACUGGAACCUCACAUAUGAGGACUUCGUCAAUGAUACGAACAUCACCGAACCAGAAUCGGUUGAAAGCACAUUUGGAAGUGGAGGCUUCGCGCCGUUCGGCUUCGGCGGCGUCUUAUCUGGCGCAGCCACCUGUUUCUAUGCCUUUGUGGGCUUUGAUUGCAUUGCAACAACAAGUGAGGAAGCCAAGAACCCCAUGCGCUCCAUCCCUGUGGGCAUUGUGGCCUCUCUGCUCAUUUGCUUCUUUGCUUACUUUGGUGUGUCGGCUGCUCUCACUCUCAUGAUGCCCUACUACAAACUCAACACCCAGAGUCCCCUGCCCGAGGCCUUCAGUUACGUAGGCUGGGGGCCGGCACGCUAUAUCGUAGCCGUUGGUUCACUCUGUGCCCUCUCGACAAGCUUGUUAGGCUCCAUGUUCCCCAUGCCUCGAGUGAUCUACGCUAUGGCAGAGGACGGGCUGCUCUUCCGUUUCCUCUCGAAGAUGAACAAGAAAAGCAAAACUCCACUGCUGGCGACUAUUGUGUCUGGAAUAGUGGCAGCUCUCAUGGCGUUUCUGUUUGAUUUGGCUGCUUUGGUGGAUCUCAUGUCUAUUGGGACAUUACUUGCGUACUCUCUGGUGGCCGUGUGCGUUCUCAUCCUCAGAUAUCAGCCAGGCAACCUAAACUCUUCCAGUCAGACUGAGAAACUGGUGGAGCUGGUCGGUGGGGAGAAGGUGGCCGUAUGUGGAGAUAGUGGAGAUGAAUAUGGCAUGGACCUGGAUGACAAUCCCCGCAAAGAGAAAUUCUCCCUAAAACUCCUCCUGGUUCCUUCCAAGGACUCACCAACUGAAAUUUCAGGAACUAUUGUCUACGGCACAACCGCUGUCAUCUCUGUGCUGAUCACCGUGCUGUGCAUGGUUUUGGCUCUGCGUCUGGAAGCCAUCCUGGAUCUGGAGAUCGUGUCGGUGACGGCGUGUGUCAUUCUGGUCCUGCUGUGCAUCCUGUGUGUCAUAGUGAUCUGGAGGCAGCCUGAGAGCAAAGAAGCUCUCACCUUCAAGGUGCCUCUGUUGCCCUGGCUGCCUCUGUUCAGUAUCUUCGUCAACAUCUAUCUCAUGAUGCAGCUGGACAUGGCCACCUGGUGCCGCUUCACCGUGUGGAUGUGUCUCGGUUUCGCAAUCUACUUCGGCUACGGCAUCCGGAACAGCACUGAAGCCAUGAACAGCUCCCUCCGAAAAUACGAGCCGGCCCUUAAGAACAAAAGCCCCAUAUACCUUGUCGGUGAGGAGAGUGAAGUGGAUUGCAUUUCUCCUUGAUGAGGAGAAAACGACGGGCUGCCCUACGCCUUUUCAAUGAAGUUGCAGAUCCCCAUUUUUGAAACAAUGACUCAUUUAUUGUAGAAACUGCCCCAAACGGGUUUCUCUAAAAGAACCCGAAGUGUUUUCCGUUAGAGGUUGUUGUGCAGCCUUGGCCCUCCAGUACUGUAAAUGCUGGGUUGAAUGUCUUGCUGUAAUCACUAGUACUGUAAUGGAAAUAUUGUCUGGCAGACAAUAAGCUGACUGUGUACAGUAUUUUAUUUUCGGGAUCGCGCUCCAAGCGCAUUGUUUGUGCACCUUUGGGUCCAAAAUGGUCUGUUUUCACCUCCUGGUUUCCCAGAAUAAGGUUGUGAAGUACAAAAGGGACCCCUAGUGUUCACAAUGAGAAAAUGGCAAUACUGUUGGACAGUAUUUGUGGUCAUUGGUUACUGUUAAACAGAAUAAUUGAAGACAGGGUAAUUGGGGGGUUACUGACCGAAAGCUUUUAGACAUUUUUAGCUUUGCUAAAAUCCCAUGAGUUUGAGAGUUGUCCAAAGAGUGUAUGGAUAGAAAAAUGGUUUCCAUUUCCUAAGUAUGAUGACGGUGUGUUAUUAGCACUGCUGUCUGCUGUGUGUUGGGAUAAUGUUAUUGGCCAGUGUGUGUGUGUGUGUGUGCGUAAGAGAACGAGAGAGUUUUGAAUGGAUUGUAUAAGGUUGUGCCAGAAUCUGUUCCGUUUUACAAAAUACUAAAUUAUUUUUUUGGAAAAAACUGUUUUAUAUGGACUUGUAUAGUUUACCCAUCCAACUCCUUAAACUUGAUGAUUUUACUUUGGCAUACUGUAUAACAGUGCUUCUACACAACAUUUAUGGAAAGUUGCCUUAGUAACUAUUGUUUCUGCCAAAACUGCUUACACUACUGUUCAAAAAUUAUUAUUAUUAUUAUUAUUUUUUUAAGAAUUUAUCUUAUUCUGGAAGGAUGCUUUAAAUUGAAAAGUCACUGUAAAGACGUGUAUAAUAUUUAAAAAUAGUUUAAUUCCAAAUAACUGCAAUCAAAGAAUCUUAAAAAAAAAAAGUUUUUAGAGUUCUAAUAUUAUUUUUUUUAAACAAAUAAAUGUAUCCCUGAUGAUCAUAAGAAUCUUCUAUCAAAAGCAUUUACUUCUGAAUGGUAGUGUAUAUAUGGUCAUCUGUACAAACUGGUAAUUUGAUAGUAACCACCGCUGACUUGUAAGAUUCUGAAAGCUACUUCUAUUGUUUGAAGGAAAAACUCAUACUGAGCUUCCAUUUUGAAGAGUAUUAACUGUAAUCUUUGAGCAGAAACUAUGGUUACUGUGCUGACUUACUGUAAGAACUAACCCGCAGGUCAAGGGUAAAACCUAAACUUGCCUGAAGACUGAAGACCUAAAGAAACAGGCUUUCAACUGCCUUUCUUUCAUUUCUGAAGGUGUAGAUACUUGGCUGUCACUAUUUUUGACCAGAUUUAGGUUUUUGUUUUUUUUACUUUCCGUUGAAACUUGUUCCUGGCAGCUUGGCUGUGGGGCUCAUGUACCUUUAUCUGUUUUGUAGUUUAUUGUAGAGAAUUUGUAAUGUAGUGGAAUACUAGUUUACUCUCGCUCAAGCAAACCUAUCUUGUGCUCUCAUCGUAACUUUUUUUUGCAUAUUUAAGGAUUCUGAAAAUCAAGAUACUCUGAGAGCAACGGAGGCUUGACUGUGCGACAGUAUAGCGUCAAAGUUGUUUAAAACCACUAUUAUUUUUAAAUCCAUUUUGUCUGUAAUACAUUAUCAUUAUGACUUUAUUAGCUUAUUUUUGUAUAGCUUUCUCUGUUAUAUUUGUUCAGCUGAAAAUGGUUUGUUUACAUGUUCCAGAAAUGUACCGUUUAGCGUGUAAGCGUGUGUGAUGAAGCAUUAUUGUCUGAUCCCUACGCAUUACAAAGUUUUGAUUCAGUUUGGAGAUGUGCGUCUCCUGUAGAUCAGUGCCUGAUGUUUCAAAUGUACCUCAAAGAUGACUGGUAGAUUUCAAUACGUACCAAGUCCUAUGCCUUUGAGAUACACUUGUAGCGUUGCAUGUGUUUAUAUGUUCUCUUUGGGUUUUUUAAACUGUAAAUAUUCAUGCCAUGAACUAAAAAAAAAAUGUCCUGUAUUAUAUACAUUUCUGUUCAUGUUUUUCUUUUUUUAAAUAAAAUGUUGUGCCAAACAA